AUGUCACGCGUUAAGAUCCAAGUAGUCAAGAGCACAGAGCGUGAAGCACGUGUUUCUGUCCACUCCCACCUUCAUGGCCUUGGCCUUAAUGAAAAUGGUGAAGCUCUUCCAAAUGCAGCAGGUUUUGUUGGUCAAAGAGAAGCGCGUGAAGCCGCAGGUAUCAUUGUCGAGCUCAUCAAGAAGAGGCACAUGGCAGGCCGUGCUCUUCUUUUCGUUGGUGCUCCAGGUACUGGUAAAACAGCUAUUGCACUUGCAAUUUCACAAGAACUUGGCCAGAAGGUACCAUUCUGCCCUAUGGUCGGUUCCGAAGUCUACUCUUCUGAAGUUAAAAAGACAGAAGUUCUUCAAGAAAACUUCCGUCGCGCAAUUGGAAUUAGAAUUAAAGAAAAUAAAGAAGUUUACGAAGGCUGCCUUAUGGAAAUCACACCAGUAGAGUCAGCCUCUACAACAGGUGGCUACGGCAAGCAAGUUAUAGAAGUAAAAAUCACAUUAGCGACAAUGAAGAACAAAAUCACACUCAAGAUCGACCCAUCAAUCUACGAGCAAAUGCAAAAGGCAAAGAUCUCCGUCGGAGAUGUCAUCUACUUCGAGGUUUCCUCAGGUACAGUUCACCGCGUUGGUCGUUGCGAUGAAUACCAAAAGGACUCCGAUCUCGAAGCCGACAAAUUCGUUCCAAAGCCAAAGGGUGAUGUCCACGUCCGUAAGGAAGUCGUCCAGGAUGUUACUCUUCAUGAUCUUGAUGUUGCAAAUUCAAAACCACAGGGCCAACCAAACGAUCUUGCCUCUCUCGUUAGCCAGAUGUCAGGCAUGAAGAAGACAGAAAUUACAGACAAGCUUAGAACCGAAGUUAACAAAGUUGUCAAAAAAUUCAUCGAUCAAGGUGUUGCAGAGCUUGUUCCUGGUGUUCUUUUCAUCGAUGAAGUUCAUACUCUCGAUAUCGAAUGCUUCUCAUUCCUCAACAGAGCUCUCGAAUCAGAAUUAGCUCCAAUUGUUAUUUUCGCUACAAACAGAGCUACAGCUAAGAUUGGUCUUACAGAUAUCAGAUCACCACACGGUAUCCCAGAAGAUCUCUUAGACCGUCUCUUGAUUGUUAGAACAAGAGCUUAUUCAAAAGAUGAAAUGAAACAGAUUAUAUCAAUCCGCGCAAAGGUCGAGAAGAUCCAGGUAUCAGAGGAUGCUCUAGAUGAACUUUGCAACCUCGCUGACGAAAAAUCUCUUAGAUACGCCCUUCAACUUUUGACACCGGCCAAAGUCAUUGCUGACUGUGGUAAGGAUGAGAAGGAUGAUCCUAUUGUUAACAAGGAAGCUGUUGUUAGUGCUUCUCAGCUCUUCAUCGAUAUCGAACGCAGCAAGAAUAUUAUCGCUGGAAGUGCUGAUAAGUUCCUUAAAUAA